CGGCCACGCCCUUCGUGGAGGAGCCGACCAAUGGGAGCGCGGUGCUGGGCGGGGAGGCGGAGCUCCGCUGCGCCGUGCGGGGGGGCGUGGCCGCGCAGUGGGCGCGGGACGGGCUCCUCCUGGGGGCCCCGCCCACCGCCACCCACCCGCGGUACCGAUUGGCUGGGGACCAGAGCAGAGGGCAGUACCACCUCCGCAUCGAGGGGGUGGAGCUUGAGGAUGACGCCACCUUCGAGUGCCAGGCGGGGGGAGGGGAGGGCAGCGGCCCCCCCCGCGCGUCCCGGAGCGCCCGGCUGAGGGUGAUGGUGCCCCCGGGGCCUCCGGCGCUGGAGCUGCCGCCGGGGGCGGAGCUGCCGUGGGUGGGCGGGGCCGAGGUGCACGUGACCUGCCACGCCCACGACGCACGCCCCGCCCCGCGCCUCGUUCUCACGCUCGGGGGGCAGCCACUGCCCGACGCCUCCCCCCGCAUCUUCGAGGGCUCCCACCCGAAACUGAGCAGCGCCGAGGUCACCGUCAGGCUGACCCCACAGCGCCAGCACCAUGGACAGCGCCUGCUCUGCAGCGCCUCCAAUGAGGCCGGGGCCGCCCCGACCGAGGCCGCGCUCGUCCUUGAUGUCCUCUUCCCCCCGGGCCCCCCCACCAUCGAGGGCCUGGAUUCGCCCCACGUGCGGGCGGGGGACACCCUGGAGCUGGUGUGCAUCGUGCGGGGGGGGAACCCCCCCCCCAGCCUCCAUUGGGACAAGGACGGGAGGCCGCUGGCUGCGCCCUGGCUGACGCAGCGCCCCCUGGCGGUGACGCGGAGCCCCCUGGCGGUGGCCGUGAGCCGGGGGGACGACGGCGCCACCCUGCGGUGCCGCGUGCAGACACAGCGCCCCCUGGCGGCCGGGGGGAGCGCCAGCGUCACCCUGCGCGUGACCUACCCCCCCUCGGAGGUGACGCUCGUGGGGCCGCGGGGGGGCGCCGAGAACGAGUCCCUGAGCCUGACGUGCGGCAGCGCCCCCAGCAACCCCCCCGCGCGCCUGCGCUGGUGGUUGGGGGGCAGGGAGCUGCGGGCCCGCGAGAGCGGCACGGCGCCGGCCCCCGGGGGGGGCACGGUGACGUCAUCGAACCUGACGCUGGUGGCGCGGCGCAGCGAGCACGGGCGCCCCCUGGUGUGCGAGGCGGUGGUGCCGGGGGUGGGCGUGGCCAGGGCCAGCCUCGUUCUGAGCAUCACCCACCCCCCCGAUUCGCUGUGGGUCGAGGCCCCGCCCCCCAACGCCUCCUUCCGGGUGGGGGAGCUCGUGCGGUUGGGGUGCUACGCACGUGGGGGGCACCCCCCCCCCCGCCUCGUCUGGAGCAAGGAGGGCCGGGCCCUCCAGGAGCCAAUCCCGGGCUGGGGGCGGGGCCUGGAGCUGCGCCUGAGCCCCGGGGACAACGGCGCCGCCUUCACCUGCGCUGACACCGCCCACCAGCAGGGGGCGCCCCGCGCCGGAGCCCGGCUCCGCGUCCUCUUCCCCCCCCAGUCCGUCUCCAUCAGCGCCUCCCCCCGGGAGCCGCGCCUGGGCCAGCGCCUGCUCCUCACCUGCGUCACCGGGAGCAGCCACCCCGCCCCCACCCUCACCUGGCACCACCAUGGACGCACGGAGCCGGGGGAGCCCCUCCCCCCCAGCCCCGCCCCCCACGGGGGGGUCUCGGUGGGGUCGCGGCUCCGCCUGCAGGUGGCGCUGGAGGACCAGGGUCACGUGAUCACCUGCGCGGCCGCCAGCCCCGCCCUCGGCGUCACCGUGAGAGCGGGGCACAGAUUGAGCGUGAGGCGUGAGUGGGGGGGGGCAGGCCGGGCGCUGCUGCCCCUGCUCGGGGACGCGCACCCCCCCCCCCGCGACUGCGCCUGGAGCCGCGCCGGAGUCCGCCUGGCCCCGUCUCCGCGGCACCGGCUGCUGCCGGGGGGCUCGCUGUCCAUCGGGAACCUGUCCCGGAGCGACGCCGGCUCCUACCGGGUGGAGUGCGCGAACGCCGAGGGCAAGGGCAGCGCCAGCAUCCUCCUCGACGUGGAAUACCCCCCCUCCAUCGUGCGGGCGCCCGACCCCGUGGUGGUGGACGAAGGGGGGAGCGUAGAGAUGGAGUGCGAGCAGAAGCUGGACGGGAGUAGCGCCUGGUGGGAUACGAUUAUGGAGUGCGAGGCGUGGGCUAUGGGCGCCCCCUGCUGGACGGGAGUCUCCGAUGGCAGCGCCUGGUGGGAUACGGCUUAUUAUGGGAUGUGGGGCGUGGGCUAUGGGGCAGGGACCCAAUGGGACCCGAUGGGACCCAACGGGACCCAACGGAACCCAACGGGACUCAAUGGGACCCAACGGGAUCCAACGGGACCCAACGGAAUCCAACGGGACUCAAUGGGACCCAACGGGAUCCAACGGGACCCAACGGGAUCCAAUGGGAUCCAAUGGGACCCAACGGGACUCAAUGGGACCCAAUGGGAUCCAACGGGACUCAAUGGGACCCAACGGGAUCCAAUGGGACCCAACGGGAUCCAACGGGACCCAAUGGGAUCCAACCGGACCCAAUGGGACCCAAUGGGAUCCAACGGGACCCAACAGGACCCAAUGGGAUCCAACGGGACCCAAUGGGACCCAACAGGACCCAAUGGGAUCCAACGGGACCCAAUGGGACCCAAUGGGAUCCAAUGGGACCCAACAGGACCCAAUGGGAUCCAACGGGACCCAAUGGGACCCUUCCAUGCCCACAUUCCUCCCCGCCACCAGGGGGCGCUGUCUCCGGGCUCCGUGGGGCUCCCCGUGGGGCUGGAGGCGCUCGGCGGGGUCCCCGUGGGGCGGCUGCGGGUGUCAGGCGCCCGUCGGGACAUGGGCGGGGCCUACGAGUGUCACGUGGACACGGGGGUGCCGCCCCCCGCCCGCGCCGUCAUCCGCCUCGUGAUUCGCUAUGGGCCGGAGCUGGAGGCGGCGCCGGCGCCGGAGCCAAUCCCGGUGCUGGUUCCGGAUGGAGCCGAUGCCGUGGCCGUGGGGUGCCGGGCGCGGGGGGUGCCCCCCGUGGAGCUGCACUGGGAGCAAGGGGGCCGCCCCAUCAGCACCACGGACAGCAGGUUCCAGCAGCUCCAAUGGUCGGACCCCCCCUGGACCAGCGCCCUCCUGACCGUGGCCAACAUCAGCCAGGAUCGGGCCCGGCUCCGCUCCCAGGCCCUAAACUGGGCCCAGUUGUGGGCCCGGGCCCCCUCCCAGUACCUGAACUGGGACCAGGCCCAUGCCGGGUACUGGGAUGGCAACGGGACACUGGGAAUGGUGGAGUGCGUGGGGCGGAGCCAACUGGGAACGGCGAGGAGGCGCUUCCGGCUGCGCCUGGCGGACCGCCCGGACCCCCCCCGCUCCCUGCGCGUCUCCGGGGCCACCCCCAGCUCCCUGCGGAUCUCCUGGAGCCCCGGGUUCAAUGGGGGCAGCCCCCAAAGCUUCCUGCUCAGCGCUCGGGCCCCCGGGGCCCCGCCCCCUCCCUCCUACGUCAUCACGUCGGCCCCCUCCCACACGCUGACGGGGCUGCGCCCGGCCACGCCCUAUGACGUCACCGUGCGCGCGCGCAACGCCCGCGGCGACAGCGCCGCCGCCGUCGUCCGUGGCGUCACUUCCGCGCUGCCCCGCGAUUGGCCGGAGGAGGGGGCGGGGCCAACGGCGCCCCCUGCAGCCUUCGCGCCUCCCACGUGGGCCCUGGCGGCCGCGGUUGGCCCCGCCCUCGCCGCCAUCUUGGGGGCGGUGCUCUGGUGCCGCCGACGUCACUUCCGGGAGGCGGGGCCGGAAGUGACGGCACCGAAAGAGAGCGGGGGAGGGGGCGGCAACGAGUACGGACCGGAACCGGAAGUGGGUUCGUUCGACCAAUCAGAAGCCGAGGUUGAUUGGGGCGGCUACGAGGAGGUGCCGCCCCCUGCCCCCCGCGUGACCCCGGAGGGGGAGCUCGUGUGAAAGAGGGGGGGGGGGGAGGGGCCUCGCGUUGGCCCCGCCCCCUCCCUGAAUAAAC